AUGCCUGACCCUGGGCUCACGCUGGCCUUUGUGAAUGCUGGACCAUCAGGCCCCGGGCCUGGGUUGAGAGACUUGUGGUCCACCGAGCGGCUUUCCCACAUCUUGGCUGCUUUUCUGGCACUGCGGGACCUCCCGGCUCCUGCCCUGGGGAAGGAGAGCAAACCAAACAGGGGAACAAAAAGAACACGUGAAGAUGAGGAGGAGGAUCUUAAAGUGCGGCACAAGCAAGCCAGUUCUCGGGAGCGUGGCCGUUACCGGGAAGAAGAGCCCCCUGCUGCGGAGGAGGCAGAAGAUGAGAAGAAGAAGCUGCUUCACAUAAUUGAAAAAGGCGAGGAGGAGGAAGAAGAGGAGGAGCCUUUGGAUGAAAGCUCAGUGAAGAAGAUGAUCCUCACUUUUGAGAAGAGAUCUUACAAGAACCAGGAACUCCGGAUCAAGUUCCCGGACAAUCCAGAGAAAUUCAUGGAGUCGGAGCUGGAUCUCAACGACAUCAUUCAAGAGAUGCAUGUGGUUGCUACCAUGCCGGACCUGUACCAUCUUCUGGUGGAACUGAAUGCCGUGCACUCGCUCCUUGGACUGCUUGGGCAUGACAACACAGAUGUGUCCAUUGCAGUGGUAGAUCUCUUGCAGGAACUCACAGACAUUGACACCCUCCAUGAAAGUGAGGAAGGAGCUGAGGUCCUCAUAGAUGCCUUGGUCGAAGGGCAGGUAGUAGCGCUGCUGGUGCAGAAUCUGGAGCGUCUGGAUGAAAGUGUUAAGGAAGAGGCAGAUGGUGUUCAUAAUACUCUGGCGAUAAUUGAGAAUAUGGCAGAGUUUCGGCCAGAGAUGUGCGCAGAUGCUGCUCAGCAGGGCCUUAUGCAGUGGCUCCUCAAGAGGCUGAAGGCCAAGAUGCCCUUCGAUGCCAACAAGCUCUAUUGCAGUGAGGUGCUGGCCAUUCUCCUCCAGAAUACAGAUGACAACCGGGAAAUGCUUGGAGAGCUGGAUGGGAUCGAUGUGCUGCUUCAGCAGUUAUCG